CGAGAGAAAUAAUCCAGGGAGGUGGUUACACCGACUUGUAAUCUACUAAGCGAGCAUCUACGUAUAUAAAGUGGCCGGGGCAAGACGCAGGUUCAGAAGCCUUGCAUCGCUCGUACUAACAACCCACGGGAAUAAGGGCACGUGACACCUUUUUUUUUGGUGUGCAUUCGGAGAAAUUCAGCGGUGGACACGUGAGAGGGAUUAAGGAUUCGGUAUUAGAGAUUAGAACCAUGAAGGUUGCUCUGGUGCUAUUGGUCAUCGGUGCAGUGAGUGCUGCCCUUGCCAGUCCACUCGAUAAAAUCGAGAAAAUCGGUGUUGUUGAGCAGCAAACUGUGAUCCUAACUGAACGAGCUAAACACGAGGAGGAACUCAUGCGAAAGCUCAACAACAAGUGCUCUCAGAAUGACAUCAGCAGCUGCGUUAUGCUCAAACUCGUCACAUACAUGAACAAACUCAUGAAGAAGGUGUCCAUUGAGUUGACGGAUGACAUUGAGAUAAAAAAGACGAGUCAAGCGACUGAGGAGGUUGUUGCGUACGAGUCUGGUAGGAGCAAUGACGAGGACUCCGAGUUCAUGGACUUGGUGUCCAGCAAGGUAUUGGCCUUCAUGAAGUCCAGGAGCAUCAAGUGGAGAGUACUCCCUGAAGAUGAUGUUGUUGUGUCAGCAUCCGAGGAUGAGACUGGCUCCCUGAAUCUCGGUCUGUCCAUCGAAAGAUCUGAGAGCCCCGUUGCUGAAGGACGUGGAAAGAAGAACAACAUGGGACCGUUUCUUGCGGCAGCAGUCCUCAAGAUCGGUCUGGUAGGUGCCCUAGCGUUCAAGGGUCUGGCUCUCCUCGUUGGCAAGGCCCUUCUCCUCUCGAAAAUAGCACUUCUUCUGGCGAGUAUAAUCGGUCUGAAGAAGCUCUUCUCACACCAGAAACAUGUUACCUACGAGGUGGUGGCACAUCCCCAUCACUCCUCCAGUCAUUCCUACAGCGCAGAUCACGGUCACGGCGGUGACAGCUACUCAAGUGGUUGGGCAAGAAAUUUCCACAGUCAGGCAAUACCAGAUCAGCAACGCACAGGCCAAGAACUAGCCUAUUCAGCUCACGUUCCAUCAGUCUGAAUCAUCCCCCCAGACUCACCACCAUCACAACCAUCAACCGAGAAUCAACGACUUUUCAUCGAUCCUCGACCGAUAUUAAUUAAAAAAGCGUCUGAGGAUCAACUCUGAAGCUCAAGCGAUCUCUCGCAAUCGUGGAUCCAAUCAUGGACACAAUCAUGAAACACUAUCAUGAAUCAAAUCAUCAUCAUCAUUCCGUCAUAUUUUUUAUUAUUGUAUCCAGAGCCCUGGUAUUCUCAAGCACAAAUGACCACACAAGGACGCAAACGGACAUGGUCACUAACAGACGUUAAAACAACGGGUACACAUUUUCAUUUUUUCCGUAGAUUUUAAUGCACUCGACGUGAUAGAGGACGGACUAGAUAACGGACGGCGCUAAAAGCGGUAUUAGAAUUACGGAUGCGUACAAAAGGAGGUGCGUGUCUGGAGCCGAUGAGCACUUAGACACCGCCUACUUUCCCAUGAUUAUUUCACUUCUCAUUUUGGUUUUUCCAUUUCUCAUUUCUCUUCAUGGUCAUUCCAUCUGUACUUUUCCUUCUCUUAUUUCUUUUAUUUCUUUUAUUUCUUUUAUUUCUUGUCUUUCCUGUCUUUCUUGUAUUUCUGGUCUCCCUUGUCUCCCUUUUUUCUCAUUCGACUCAUUUUCUAUCAUCGACGUUAAAUGACGUGAACCCACUGGACUGCUCACUAAUUACCAAUCUUAGACUGAUACAGUAGCUGAAUUUUCGUACUCAUUAUAAUCAUCACCACAAGACAGAAUUAUUAUUUAUUUGACAUUUAUUAUUCUCAUUCUCAUGAUCGGACAGUUAAUGACGGGACGAGUUACCAGGGGCGUUAAUUACUUAUCAUUAGCUCAUUUAAUAAGGUCUCGUCGUAUAACUUCCUCUCCCCUAUCAUUGUUGGUUAUUACUUAACGAUUAUCAUUAAUUUAUUGAUGUUUGUUUAUCAGCUCCAAGCUCCUACUUACUGUUGUUUGUCUGGGAGAAAGGAAAUUGUAUAAUAACUGUUGUCACGGAUUUAUGUGUGAAAUAAAUGUAUUUAUUACUGUUUUUUUUUAA